AGAGAGAGAGGGGGUGGAGGAGGAGGACUGGCUGCCCUUCAUCUGUCUGCUCUAGACGGAGCUGAAGUUACCGAGAGCGGCCGCGGGAGCUCGACGCGAUCCGCGGGGCGAUAAACAUCCACACCGGGAGAAAUGCGCUAAUUUACCCGAGCAGACCCUGACCGGCGAUCAGUUCACCGACCAUCAUCGACUGAGACUCGCUGCGCUGGUUAUUAAAGGCCUCUGUCGCUUUGGAUCGGACUCAAUGUCGCUCCUGUUCGGCCGCUUGAACCGACCGAUGGGCUCGACGCCUUCUGCCGUAGAUUUGCUUCAUUUUAGAGACAUUAUUUUGGCGUCAAUUCAGGAAUAAAACUAGUUAAAGCCAGAACAUGUCGGACAUGUCGUCAGCUUGUGAAGCUAAACAACGACUGAAGCGGACUGACACGAAGAAACCUGACUCAUGUUAAGAUACCGCUCGAGCAUCUGGACCAGAACCAAAUACAUCGAAACUAAAUCUUGUUUAUAAACACCGAUAACAACCGAGACGCGAUCGCUGCAGGCUUUGAGAUCUCUCUUAAAAGAGCUGAAUACCUGCGAGGAAGUGGAUCACACACACUGCAUGAAGUAUAAUCGCUCAAACGCCAAGCCAGCAUGGAGAAAAUGCGUUUGUAAUCUAUUUAUCAAAGCACACACUAACCCAAAGGCGUCUAAAAUCAUGCAUUGCCUCCAAACGUUCAUCUGCACGUCUAAUUUCGGACUAUUCCCACCGAGCACAUGAGUUUGAACUUCGGUCGAUAGAGAAGAGGGGGGAAAAAAAUAAAAUCUACUGGAACUUUUUUUUGGAGCUGAACCCAUCCAGAAGCACCAGGACCAUCAUCAGGAUGAGAGUGCGGAUCCUAAACCGAACAUCAGUGCUGUCACUGGGGCUGUGCACAUUGCUUCUGCUCAGUGCUGUGGCUGCUGCUCAGAGUGAGGAGAGAGAGCGGGAGUGUGCUUUUAAUGACCAGCACCAGCAGGUGGAUGAGCAGAGUGUGGCUGCUGACUGGCACAUCACCAGAGAAAAUAACACCAUCCUGUGCAGCAAGAGCAGCCGCUGCUACGGCCUGUGGGAGAAAACACACAACGGAGAGAUCCGCCUGGUCAAACAAGGCUGUUGGACUUACAUUGGCGACCAGCAGGACUGCCAUGACGACCGUUGCGUGGUUACCACCACGCCCUCACAGAUCCAGAAUGGCACCUACAGAUUCUGUUGCUGCAGCACCAACAUGUGCAACGUCAACUUCACAGAGAACUGGGUGCCCAGCCCUACCAGCACCACCCAAGGAGCAGCAGCACACAUCUGCUAG